UCCUUCUUGAGCUGACGUACACAUAACUAGUAAUAAUUUUAUUAUUCUUAUAAGGAAUUGUUCUGGAAUUCUAAGGCAUUUUUAUAUUCACAUCAACGCUAAUAUGAAUAUUUUUGUAUUGCGGUGAAAGUAAUACUGAAUACAGUGUGGCCCAAUAUGUAUAUGUGUGGCUUAGAGAUGUACAAGACCACAUGAUUCACUUCCAAACAAAACAUAUUGAAACGAAGAAACGAGAAACUAUCGCAUUCGGCUCGAGCAUUGGAGAAGACUACUUGAAUCUUGACAAGAUGUUUGCGCAGUGGAAUGCGACCGAAGUGUGCAACAUCUGUGAAAAGAAUCCGGCUACUCUCACCAUGCGAUGUCCCUGCCAAUUAGGGCGUUAUUGUGGUGAUCAAUGCGCGGUAAGUAUUGGAGCACAAACAGCUAAC